AUGUCCAUUAUUGGGAGUUUUCUCCAGACUCCUGGGCAUGAGAACCCUCUAGUAUCUUUCUAUCAAAACAAGACUCCGGACACUGCAGGGCGAUAUAUUUCCCAAAUCUUGAAAUGGAACUAUAAAAGAUUGGAGGACACACACGACUACAUUCAAUGGCUGUUCCCUCUCCCAGAAGAGUCUAUGGUCAGCAAUGCACCUUUGGUAGAUGCGAAUGUGUUCAAGGCGUUUCAUUCCUCUCCCGAAUUACAAUCCCUACUUAAGAAUUCUUUGGUUAAAAUGUUGGAUUUUUAUGGGUUUGAGUUGGUUGAUGAUUCGAAUGAGAAUAAUAAGUUGCCUACUAUAGUCAGAUCUAGCAGUUUUACUGUAAAAAGCCGCAACUGGCUCGUCAGGAUAGACCAUAACCACCUGAGAAUUAGUCGAAUCCUUCGAUCUCUCCGCGUUCUGGGUCUGGAAUCUGAAGCUGCUGCAUUGUAUAAGGCAAUAUCAGACAUUAUCUGCCAGGAACCAAGCCAAAUCGUUAGCGCUCAAUCAGCGGAAUUCUGGCGACGUGCUGCCCAGAGACCCGUGCAUUGGGCACCGCAUCUGUCUGAAAAAGAAUGCCGAAUGGACAAAAAAUGGAGACUGGGCGCAAAAUACCUAAAAGAUUAUGAAAGAAUGAAGAUGGCUAAGGACUUACAGCAGCAGUACGACAACAAAAAGGCUCUGGAGGAGGAGAAAGAAGCAGAGUUUCAAGCCACAAAAGCACAUAUUGCUGCAGUUAUGGCUGAUCGACAGAGAAGGUCAGAAGAAGCUACUGUUGGUCUCCAGAAACCAGGUAGAGUUCAACUGGGAAGUGGAAGCCGCAUUUCCGAGCCUCAACUCGACAAAAAGGAAGCUGCAGUUGCUCAAACACGCCAGCUCAUGUCUGAUGUACAGAAGGUUAUAGCAACCGAGGCAGUAGCAACUUUAGAAUCUACAGACAGAUUCUCAGAUGCAACUCCCUCUGAUGAGCCUAUGCAUAGGCUUGAAAACCCCGAAAUCAUCAACCAGAAGGCUGCAGAAAAUGGUGGACAAUCAACUACUCACCAAAUUCAACAAUACCAGCUCAUGUCUCCUCGUCAUCCUUAA